CCAGCGCUGAGCAUGCCAUGGAACAUGCCAUCGGGAUGUGGGCGAGAAAUGCAUCAUUUACCAAUGAAACAACGACUGCAGUUCGUGAGGGGUCGUCCCCAUGCUACGUCUUGGGGGGCCUCCCCUGCACAAAGAUGUAGCAUUGGGACGUGACCCCAGGCCAUUGACAAUAGGAAGAGGGCCGCGUUGCAUGCCACGUGGCCUUGGGCGAGCGCUCUUUCUCGCAGCUGGCGUUCCACUGGCUCUCAGGCCGAGGCCCCUCAUGGGGAAGAAGUCGAAGACCGAGGCCGCAGCCAAGCGCCAGGUCACUUUGGAAGACUUUGCCGGUGCAGCGCAGAAGCAACUGUCGCAGAAACAGCGGCUGAUCCGCGCCUUUGACGUGGGUGGCACCGGUGUGAAGACGGGCCUCUUCUCCGCCCCCAGCUUGCAGAGCCUCCUGGAGAAGUCGCUGGCAGGUGAUGCUGGGGAGGAGCUGGAGUGGAUCGAGGCUCCAACCCAACUGGGCCAGGCGCCCGGCGAGGAGGGCUUCGAUGCCUGGUUGCUCCAGGCGCUGCCACGCUUGCAGGGUGAGAAGGCCAACAGCAAUGUUGUCUUCGGUGUCUCUACUGCUGGCGACAUCGAGCAUGGCACCGGAAUCCUUCAUGAUUGGUGGUCUGCCGGGGGCCACCCCAGACAGUGGCAGGAUGGCCGGCGCAGCCCCCACGUGGCAGAUCUCAUGGGCUUGCCGCGUGAUAGGACCUUCGUCCUGCACGACGGCGCUGCCCAUUUGCUGGGCUGCUGCCGGCAGAUCAUCCCGCAGCCGCAGCUUGCGUGCUUCUCGGUUGGUACCGGUGUGGGCUUUGGGAUCUCUGACGAGGAGGGGGCAAUCUUGGAUCCCUUCACCUCCACAGGGGCGCGCAGCCACCACCUCAGCGGCGCGCCGGUCUCCGGGGCCAGUUACCGCGGCGUGUGGCGCAACUGGGUGACGGACACGGACCACGUGGAAGCCGUGGAGAAGGUCAUGUCCAAAGAGUUCGCUGGCAUGGCGCGCCCCUGGAACAUGUCUUGGGUGAGUUUGGUCCUCGGGCGGAGGGGCAUGGAGCUGGCAGAAGCUGCCUAUGGCUGUCCACCUCCAGAGCGAGAUGAGGAUGAAGGUAGGUUGUCCAAUGCAGACGCGCGCAAAGCUGCCACAGGGGCAUACGCGCAACAGUGGGCACACUUUCUGCAGACCCAGUUCGUGCCUCAGUUCUGCAGCGCCUCGCGCAGAUACAAGGCAGAGCGCAUUUGCUUUGCGGGCCUAGUGGCUGAGACGAAUUGGGCUGCAAUGUCAGAGGCUUUGGUGUGUCCAAGCUCCAAUGAGUUGGUGCUUCCAAGUGCGCCAGCGGAGGCCGACUCUGGCUACAAGCGUGGGCGGUCGAAGAAGGCUGCGGCGCCAACCGCGAAGCUAUCCGUCCUGACGCUGGCGCCCCACGGCUCUGGCCUGAUCGGCGCCGGGCUCUAUGCGCUGGCGGGCCUCGGUGGAGCCGAGAUGGGCAUUUGGGCAAGGAAACGCUGGCAUGGAUGCUCCGACUUUUGGCAGUUCCAGUUGCAGUACCAGUUGGGCCGCAUCAGUGUACCCAAGGUGAGCAAGAAGCAGAACUUUGGCCCAGGGCUGAGUCUGACAUCACCUGGCGGACUACAGGUCCUGGUGGUGGGCGCGAAGAAGAUCGGGACCUUCGGAAAUCAAGGCACUGCAGCACACGCCAACAUGCGGCACCUUGACACGCUGCAGGCUGCGAAGGCGGAGCUGUCUUCCCGAGGCGUCCGCAUUUGUGGCAUCGAAAUCGACGAAAGCGCUCGGCCUGUGACUGAGCAUCCUUUCACGGGAUCCACCGCAUUCAUGCUGGGCAACGAGGGCGAGGGAAUGUCCGCAGCACAGCGCGAAGCCUGCGAUUUCUUUGUGUACAUCCCACAGUUCACAGGUGCCACAGCCUCCCUGAACGUGGCCAUUGCUGGAUCCAUCGUGUUGCACCACUUUGCCACCUGGGCUGGUAUGCAGGAGCACCCCAGGUUAGGAGAGAAGUUUGUGGUUGAUCCCGCUAGAAGCUCGCUGGACAAGUUCCAGAAUCCGACGGAGGCAGAAAGGGAAGAGAUGGAGCGCAAGCGUACGGAGCGGCGGAAACGCAAGGAGUGUGAAGAGGAUCUUGCUGCUGACGACGAUGGCUGA